CAAAAUACCAAAAUACCAUUCAAUCCAUCCAAUCCAAUCCACCCAAAAGAAGAUGAUCAACCAAUUGCCACCUGAUCUCAUUCGUUUGAUUUGCAAUCAGAUCUUAUUACUUGCAUUACCAUCUCAACCUAUCUUACUUUUAGACCCUUAUAUCAAAUUCACUAUCAUCCAUCAUCAAGCUCAUCCGAAUCAUCAAUUAACUUUAUUGGAACCUAGUCCAAUCAUUCAAGCUCAAUCCUUACUCAAAUCAUUAUCUUUGGUCAACAAGGCUUGGAAUUUAGAAGCUAGAAGAGUUCUUUGGUCACUCGGAAUUCGUUUCGGUUUACCUAAUUCAUUUGAAACUGUGGUCAAGUUGGUAGAUCCCAUUGGUACUUUCUUCGAUGGUGGAGUAGAACCAAGUUGGAUUUCGUCUCCUUCUGCCAGUCGACAUCCUAGUCCUCAUCGUACAAGGCAAGAUAACUCGAUCCAACAUCUUACUACCCGACCCGACCUCAAUCUUAACUUCCCUCUGACCCCAGAUCAACAUCAUCAACCUCAGGCUCAACCACCCAUCAGAUCAGGUCGUCGUUCAAUCAGUCUCAAACGUGAAGCUGGUGCUUAUGUACUCGAAGCACGGAUUUUAACUUAUGAGGAUGAUUGUUUCCCUCCUUCGCCUCUAUCGGAGAUCAAUCCUAAUCAAUUACCAUCGAAUCUGAUCAAUAACAAUGGACGAGAAGGUCGAAGUUUAUCCAAACGACAACAUCAUACACACCUCGAACGUAGCAUUAGUCCACUCAGAGGUCGAAUCUUAAUCCAAUCAUUAUCUCAAGCCUUUCAUCGUGCUUCUAUUGAUUUAUCACCAAGCUAUCUUUCUUCGAAAUCAUUCUCUCUUUCGUCUCCUAUUGAAAACGAAAAUGAUGAUGAAGAAUUCAUCUUUGAUCAUCAACUUGAUGAUCUCUUCAAUCCUGCUCCUUAUAUUUCUUCCAUCUCUUUUUCUAAAUUCAGAUCUCAUGGAAUGAGAAGAAGUAUAGGAGAAGGUCAUCAGAUUCGUUUUGUGACACCUGAACGACUGCUCAGGUUGAUCAAGUCCACUAGAUCUCGUUAUACCAGUUUAUCUGAUUCGGAUUCAGAAACUCAUUCAGAUGAAUCAUCUAGUUCAUCCACCAUGAUCCGUAAAGGUCAUCUAAAUGCCGUUGGUUUUAGUGAAUAUAUGGACAGCGCGAUUUCUAAACCAGUUUUGGACGAAAUCCUUUUGCGAGGUGGUGUGGAAGUGGAAUACGAGAUAACAGAUGACGAAGAUCUUGUUACAUUGCUUUCAGAAGGAGUCAACGGAAGAGGUCGAGAUCGAGUUCAAAAAGAACUUCACCCCAUCUCACGACAUGCAACUCCUCAUCACACCUUACCUGCUCCAGUCCAAGAGUCAUCCCAAGGUUAUGCUCAUAUCCCAAGUUUAACUACCACGGCUUCAAUCUCGAAUCAAACUCUUCAUAAUCGUCCUACGCGAAUCGAAAGACGAAUGGAAUCUAACUUGAUCAACGAAACUCCUAUUCAAGCCAUUGACUUUUGUGGUUGUAUUUCCUCAAAGUUUCGAUCUGCACUUACUGACUUUAUUCAAGAUCAUGCACUCUGUAAUCCUUAUGACCAGCAGACUGGUCUUCCGCAAAUCCAUCCUCAUCCCUCUAUUACUUCACUUCGAUCUACUACUUUCCCUUGGUUGACCCGAUUAGGAUUGAGUCAUGUGUCUAUUCUUGCAGACCAUGACUUGGCUGAUCUCUUAAGUGGAUUUCCUUACUUGGUCGAUCUUGAUUUAAGUUAUACCCGUACUGGACCCAUCGUGUUACAUACCUUACAAUUGAUCAAGAAACCUCGGGAUCAAAGUCAUAUCACUGGAUCGGAUUCGGUUGUCUCUAAAAAGCUUCCAAGCUUUCGUAGCCUAAACUUGGCCAAGUGUACUGGUUUAACAGAGAAAAGUUUGAUGGGAUUCCUUUGCGGGUACAGUGAAGAUGAAGAGAUUUGGGAAGACCCUCAGGCUUCAAUUGGAGGAUUAGAAGAACUAUCAUUAUACGGUGAUCAAACUUUACCCACCCCAAUCUCUACUGAUUCACUUGACCGAUUCUUUUCAACUUGUCCUUGUUUUCAUUCAGGAAGAUUAAUCACAUUAGAUUUAUCUUCUAUAAAACUAAACGAACUCGAACUAGAAAAAAUACCAAAACAACCUAAUCUCUUACAAUUCGGAUUAUCAAAUUGUUCAAACCUUUCACUUUUAAGUCUACAAAGUUUAUUGAAAGAAAAGAUGAGAAUGUUAGAAGUCUUGAAUCUUUCGUUGAGUUGUGGUCAUGCAAGAGGUAGAUUAAAUCGAUCGAAUCCUUCGAUCCUUUCACCUGGUUUAUUACAUCAAGAUUUGAUUAAUCCUUUAAGUCAAGUUGAUAGUAAUGGUCAAAGAAUUAGUAAUUUGAGAGUGAUUGAAUUGGAUCAGUUUACUUUGGAAGCACUUGCUGCUGGUGCUCAAGGUUGGAGAGUGGUCAUUGGAAAAGGUCAGCGUGGAUGGUAUGUAGAUACGUUGGUUUCAGUCAAUGUUUAUGGGAAUGAUCCAAGUAUGGAACCAUAUCGAAUGAAAGAAUGUACCUUACCUUUUACACGUGUUUUAAAACGUCAUGAAGAAUCUGAACUUUCGAAUCAUCUUGAUCAUCAUAAGAAAACUUUAAACUUGGCUGAAAGUUUGAAUAGGUUGACUAACUCUGAUAAAGUGAUUAGACAUGAUGAAGCAGGUUGGAUGAGUCGGAAACUUGAAAUUUUAGAAGGUAGUGGAUUUCUUGGUAGACAAGAUGGUCUUUAUGGAUUUCAUGCAUUUCAUAAUUAGAAAACCAAUCAAUCAUUCUACCCUUUUUCUUCCAACUUCAACCAACUUAUGAUUGUAUUUUUUUUCUUUCAUUUUUUUUUGGUAAAUUGGGUUUGAUCAUUGGGGUUUUCUUUUGUUGAAGAAAUUCGUACAAUUUUUUUUGAAAAAUGAUUGGUUUUGUUCUCUUUGGUUUCAUUCGUUCUUUCAUUCGUUCUUUGCUAUUAGUAUCAUUCAUGAUUUUCCCUAACCUUUUUUUCUGUAAUUUUCUUUUUGGUUGGGGUUUCUUUGUAUUUUGUAAUUUGUAAGUUUUUAAGAUAAGUGCAUGUAAAAUAUACUUUUUAAUUGUAAAAUGAAAAAUCAAUUUAUUAUUCAUAUAAACAAUAACUUU